CUCUUUUUGUGUACACAACAGAGUGUAUUCAGCGUCUGACAUUGGCCCGUUCAUUUAGUUAUUCAGACUUAAGGGUCUUAAUGUGAGAUAGGUGUCUAGAUCAACAGGGGAGCACUAGCACGCCACAGUCCGCUUAACAACAAGCUGUGUUUGGCUGCCUACUCAUUUCUACUUGACCAUCCGGAGGAAAACCACUGGGCACAGAUUUAUUCUGUACUCACCUCUGAAACCAGAAAUCUUAGUUUUUUCUUGCUUGGCAUCCAUAAGUGAUUGCUAGACAUAAACUAGACUGAGAUUGAGGUUUGGAAAAGUUUUCUGAGACAUACAGAAUGCCAAGUAGUCGGCCUUUCACCUCCUUUGAGCCAGGCAUGUAUGACAGGAGCUGGAAUCCAGUUGUUACCAGUUCAGAGUAUGCCAGUCACUAUAACUCGGGCCGUAGACCAGCCAGUACAAGAAUUCCAGAUUUCUUCCCCAACAUCCAUGGAGAUCCACACUUAAAUUCAUAUGAUACAAGCUAUGGAAACAGUUACAGCAAACAGUUGACUGCAUUAAGCCAGAGAGAGGCAUUCACAGGACCCCCAAGGUUUCGUUAUGGCCGAGCUGGAGGUCCAUGGAGGCAUAUUAAAGAAACUACAGGUUAUGGAGGGAACCACAUUAUGUUUGUUGAUGGAGUUGUUAAGCAGAAAGAUGCCAGUAGAAAUCCUCCAUUUGGGUGGGAGUUGUCUUACCCUGACACUAUGGACAGCCAUUACUACACCCUCAGAGCUAUGACAGCACCUGGUACUAGAAAAGCAAACAUACUGAACACAUCUUUUAAUCAAAGAGCAAAGAAAGGUUACAAGUACUGGUAUGAGGAGAAGAAACCCACAAAUCCGCCAAAUGAUGGUCACUAUCCCAUGGGAAUGGCAGAAUCUGCAUUGUCUUUCUCUAGACAUUUCUGACAGCAUGGAGUAGCAUUAGUAGUCUAAAUGUUGAGUUGCGCUCUCUAAAUUCUAUUCAUGGACGGCAGUUGGCAAAAGGCAGUGCAUUUUAGAGGACUGACUGAAGACCAAUUUGGGACACUUACAACUGGCCUAGUGCAUGAGCAUGGACAUUUAAAAAUACAAGUGAAUUAUUAUUAUUAUUCAUUGGUCAAGAAAUUAAAUCAAUCAAAAAUUGUCUUUAAAUGGUUUGCAGCCGUUGAAAAAGAUACUAUGACAAUCUAAAA